UUCUGCUACUUCCAUUUUUUUCAAACGGUUUAUCUUCCUAAUUUCCAUCAGUACCACUGACCUGCGAAGAGAGAGAAAUACAAGUACGUGCUAAUCAACUCAAGGAAAUAUCAGAGCUAGCUCUAUUGGUCAUAGAUCGAUUGUUUCAAUAUGGAUGGAAAAAAUACUAGUUGCAAGGAUGAUCAUCAUGAUCAUCAGGAUCAUGAUGAUGAGGAUGUUCCACUUCCGGGAUUUAGGUUUCACCCAACAGAUGAAGAACUAGUUGGGUUCUAUCUCCGCCGGAAGAUUCAGAAGAAACCCAUCAGCUUAGAGCUCAUCAAAUCAAUUGAUAUCUACAAGCAUGAUCCUUGGGAUCUUCCAAAAGCGACAACUACUGCAGGAGACAAAGAGUGGUACUUCUUCUGCAGAAGAGGGAGAAAGUACAAGAACAGUAUCAGACCUAAUAGAGUAACCGGGUCUGGGUUUUGGAAAGCAACUGGGAUAGACAAGCCAGUUCAUGAUUCACAUAGUAACUGCAUUGGGCUGAAGAAAACUCUGGUUUACUACCGCGGAAGUGCCGGAAAAGGCACCAAAACUGAUUGGAUGAUGCACGAAUUUCGCCGUCCAUCCACCAAUGACAACAACAAUGUUCACACUAACCACACCUCCUGCACUGCUAUAUCACACACUGAUCCUCAAGAAGCUGAAAUUUGGACAUUGUGUCGGAUAUUCAAGAGAUCUGUGUCACAUAGAAAGUAUACACCAGACUGGAGAGAAUUGUCUGCUAAACAAUCCAGCUCUAAGAAAUGCAAUGCGACUGAUCAAGAUCGUCAUCAAGAGCCCACAAACAUCAAUCGAGAAUCUUAUAUCAAUUUUGGUGCUUCAACCAUUUGCUACGAAGAGAAGAAGCCCAAUGUUCUGAACCAUACUAAUUAUAACAACGGAAGCAACAGUAACCAGACAUUGCAGAAUGUAGGUCAGUUCAGCUCCGGAAUGACUACUGCUACGCAUCCAUGCAACAUGGAUUCGUUCACAUCGAGCUAUUCAUAUGCAGAUAUUGAGAAUCAUGACUUUUUUAACGACAACUGGGAAGAGUUCAAAUCAGUUGUACAGCUUGCUCUUGAUCCAUCGUUUGUGUAAACUAAUACUUAUGAAAUUUCAAUAACGGUGCAGGCACUGUAGCUAGUUAUUUAGUGAUAGCAGUAUCUAGUAGUUCUAGCUAGUUAGUGCGUUAGAGGCUAGGAAUUCCUUUUUCAUUUGACCUUUUACCUAGAGUGUAGGAGUUCUUGUAUGAUUGUGAC